AUGCCUAGCUCCGAAGAGGACGGCGGAAAGAAGCGUCAAGUCCAUCCAAUAGAAGACGAGACGCCAAAGAAGGUGAAAGUCGACGAUGUCCCAAAACAAAGUCCCAGUUCUUCCAAAGAACCACCAGCGCCUUCCACAACAACAACCACCACAACCACAACCACAACCACAACCACCACAAAACCAACUCCACCGUCCAGGAGCACACCCUCCAAUGUAGCUUCCAAACCCAGUCCAGAAUCCGCUGAUGAGCAAGAUGUACCGUCUCCUUCGUUCAAUUUGGAGAAGAUUCGAAGCAUGUGGAAGGACAAGGACCGACCGGUAUGGGAUUUGGAAGGAGCUCUCUUGUAUUUGGUCCAGGAACUCGACGAACGCGAAUACUUGACUCACGACGAGACGGUGUGGGUAACCUUUCGGGUGGGACAUGCGGGGGAUGCCUCCACCAUUGCUAACUGGUAUCGAUUGGCCAAGAAACUGGUUUUGGAACAAGAAGCCGCCGAAGAGAACAACAAUGACAGUGACUUGAACAAAGAAGAAGAAGAAGAAGAUCCCGAAAUUGAAACUGAUCAGGUGCCACAACAAAUUCCAACGGAACCAGCUCGAGCAGAAGAGGAGGAAGGUAAUGCGUCGAAUUCGGCAGGUAUGUUGGAAGUGUGGUUGGCUGAUGGGUUUGGAGAUGAUAGGAGAUUGCCCUAUGUGUACGGUUUGGUGGCAGAUGUGCAUAUGAUUUCAGCCUCCUCCAAACAGGUUACCGGACCUUAUUUGUCGCCAUCCUCUGAUCAGGAAGAAGACGAAGACCACGACGACGAGGAAGAAGAAGAAGAAGAUCAAAAGAAGGAAGCAACGGUAGACGAAAUCAUAGACAUACCACCUGGUGAUUUGAAGAAAAGUGCCGUUACCAAAGAAUUGGGUGCGGUCGCUUUGCUGACCACAGGGUUUGACGAAGGCCUAGAAAAGAUCUUGAAGAUUGAAUGGCUAGGCUUGAAUCCCGAUCUUCCGACCGCAGCUCUUAUCAUACUUAGACAACGAGUAUGGUUGCGUUUGUCAACCUUGGCGGUCAUGAUGGGUUGCGAUGGGGGCAUUGAGUGGGAGCAACGGUUUUCCUUGGAUCCAUUGCAACACCAACACCAACAACAUCAAGAGCAACAGCAAGAGCAACAACAAGAAAAGGAACAACAAGAGCAACAGGAAGGCGAAGAAGAAGAAUUUUCCAAGAAGCCUCCCGCUAGAGUGUCACCCCGAGCCGAGUAA